CACAAUGGAUCUAAGCAGGAGAGCAGCCCUUUCUCUUUGGUUUUCCCUCUGCUUUGGAGAGUUACUGGAGGCUGUUGCUGUGGGAUCAUUGUGGAAGGGUUCCCCGAGUCCUUUUGAAAGGAAAUAUCCCUUGACCUCUAGGAUGGAUGCUACUAGUGCAAGGCAGAGAAGGGAAGCGUCGCUUCGGGGUUCAAAGCGAAGUGGCCCGGCUGUAAUACCCCAUGACUAUAUGAUGUCCUUGUACCAUACCUUUGCAAACCUGCAGAGAAAAGGAGGGCUCAACAGUAGCACGUCCCUUGCCAGGAAGGGCGCCAACACUGUCACAAGUUUCGUGGACCAGGGGAAAGAUGAUCGGCUGACAGAGACCAGACAACAGUACCUGUUUGAUAUCUCCAGUGGACCAGACACAGAUGAGGUAAUGGGGGCAGAGAUUAGACUGUUUAGAAAGUCACCAAGAGGAAUGAGUUCACUCUCAUUCCAAGGAGGAGUCCUUUAUCACAUAUUUCUGUACACUUGCCCAGAGGAAAACCAAACUUCCAAACUUUUGGCUUCUAGAGCUGUGGAUAUUUUAGACUUAGUGGCUGACAGGUGGGAAGUGUUUGAUGUUUCAGAAGCAGUGAAACAUCAAAGAAAGAAAUCCAGCAAAAACAGAUUCUUAUGUCUUGAGCUGAAAAUUGCUUCUUAUUAUUUCAAGGAGAUGCUGACAUUGAGAGAUGUGGGGUUUAGUCGCUCUGGGCGUCUGAUUCAGGAGAAGGCUUUGCUAGUAAUCUUCUCUUACACAAGGAAGAAAGAAAACCUGUUCAAGGAAAUCAGGGAAAAGAUUAAAUCAAUGAAUGGUCCUCUAGAUUCAGGGCAAGAACCUCGCACCAAGCGUCAUAGAAAAAGAAGGACAACAUUUCCAGCUCGAACUGGUGGAAAAGGUCAUCAAGGAAAGAGAUCUAAGACACGCUGUAGCAAAAAACCUCUCCAUGUUAAUUUUAAGGAACUCGGCUGGGAUGACUGGAUUAUAGCCCCUCUGGAUUAUGAAGCCUACCACUGUGAGGGGAUCUGUGACUUCCCAUUGAGGUCCCACCUAGAACCUACCAAUCAUGCCAUUAUUCAGACAUUGAUGAACUCCAUGGACCCAGAAUCUACACCACCUAGUUGCUGUGUUCCUUCAAAACUUAGUCCAAUUAGUAUUUUGUACAUAGACUCUGGAAACAAUGUGGUUUACAAACAGUAUGAGGACAUGGUGGUGGAAGCUUGUGGUUGCAGGUAGCAUCUUCUCUAGUGAGGUCCUACAAUAACAUGCACCAUGGCUCAUGGCCAUUUGCAGAAGGUAAAUGUGAGCUGGCACAAACUGUUUGUAAAUAUAUGGGGUCAUUUGUUUUUUGUCUCUCUGUGAACUGGGCAUCUCACAUGUUUGCCCGAUAUGUUCCAUACCAUUUUGCAUGCUUUGUUUUUUCUUGGGCGCACUGUCAAGGUAUUAUUUUCCUGUUACACCUGUCAUUUAACAUUUUCUGCUGGUGAAGCAAGGCCUUAUGGAUUUCAUUUUUGUGAUGAAAAACUCUCAUGAAUUAGACAUUUAGCAACUAUACA